AUGGCCUUCUUGUUGUUGUCGUACGCGUUCAGCAGCGCAAUCCUGCCCUCCUUGUUCGUGUUCUUCACUACGUUAAGCUUACGCGCCGUGCACUCGAGCUUGAGCUGGGGUAGCGACCAGUUUUCGUACGCCUCCGAGGUUGGCACGGGCACGGGCGUCUUGCGUCGGCUCAACAGCGCCGCGCUCACUGUCCAUGUUGCUGGCGCCGCCAUGGCCAGGGAGAAUUUCCGCUGGGAGCUGAACGAGCGCGCGAAAAGAAGCUUGCAACAGGAGCUCGGAAACUUUAAAGGAAACUGUAGCCAAGUGGCGAGACCUGGUCAGAUCGCGAUCCGGUUCGGAACGGCCAAAAGCACUUCCCCAGGACAUCACCUAACCUCCCCUUUUCCUCGCGCCCCGCGCCCCGAUCCGAUCCCGGUUCGGAACGGCCCUAACGGUAUGUGGAGUAAGGAGCAGGUACAACAAGUGGUAAACUCCACGGGUGCCUUCACGACUACGGACAAGGUUUCAGCUCGCAGGAAGAGCAGCGUCGUGAAGGCGGCGAUCCCGUCCGGUUACACGCCGAUGUUCGUCAUGGUCGUGAAAGACGAGCUGUAUAAAAAAGGAUGCACGUGGUGUUCAUACGCGAUCUGGACAAGGUGA